AUGGAAGUGAAUCCAAUUACACUUCAUAAAAAAGAAAGUAGUAGAUCUCCAUCAAGGAAUAAUGCCACUGAGAUAGCUAGUGAAGCAGAGCCAGCGAAUAAUGAUCAAUCUGAAACUUUAAAUCAAAAAGAAGAAGGUGAGAAAUUAGAAUCAGCAGUUGGCAACCAACAAAUCGAAGAUCAAGAAUCCGGAGAAGCGCCCAAAGAUAAUAUCAACGAAUCAGAAAAUAUACUAAAUACGAACAACCUGGAAAAACCAAAUGAUAUUUCAGAAAAAAAGAAAUUAACAAAAUCUGUGAGGAUAGUUGAACCACCGAAAGAAGAAGAAGAGGAAGAAGACGAGGAGGAGGAGCAGGAAGUGUCACAAGAGGAGGACGAAGAGACUGAAGAAACUGAAAAAGAGCAUAGUGAUGAAGCAAAUGGUCAAAAUGAUGAUUAUGAACCUGAAUUGAAAGCAAAACCAGAAAUAAAUUUACCAAUUACGACGUCACCAGAAAGUCUGGAUGAAAAAUUACAAGUCAGUGAAGAAGAAGAUGAAGAAUAUGAUCCUGAAAAAGAUCAACCAUCUUUACCUAGUUUACCACCAAAGCCACCAGUAAUUGCUACAUCUCAUGCUCCACCAUCUACAUUCACAAGCAACGAACCCAAACCAUCGAAUGAAACAAUAUAUCAUGCAUUUGAACUAGUCAUACAAGAGGAAAUAAAUAAAAAUCCAAAUAUUUUACAACUAGGUCUAGAUGAUCAAGCACAAAUAUUCCAAUCCCAUAUUGAUAGUCUUGGGCCAAGUUUUCCUGGUAGUCAUUGGAAUUAUAAUCAAGUUUAUUCAUACAAUAAACCAUUUAAAAAUUUAAAGGAACCAGUUGCUUUAAUACCAGUAAAUGAAUUUUGUCGUAGACCAAAUAUUACAGCACCAAUGACACCAGAAGAAGAAGCAGAAUACGAAGAAUUUAUUGUAAGAGAAAAUCAUUAUUUAAAUUUACAAAAUUGGGAUGAAUUUCCGGAUAAGCUGAGAUUAUUUGUUGGGAAUUUACCUGCUAACACUAUAUCCAAACAAGAUUUAUUUAGAAUUUUCUCAAAAUAUGGUGAAGUUAUACAAAUUGCUAUAAAGGCAGGUUAUGGAUUUACCCAAUUUAGAACUGCAGAGGCUUGUUUGGAUUGUAUAAAGGGGGAAGAAGGUGUCCCACUUCAUAAUAAAACAUUAAGAUUAGAUGCAUCAAAACCUCAAAAAUCUAGGAGGUCUGGUAAUCCUGAUAUUAAUAAUCCAAAUUUUAGUGGUAGAGGUAGAGAAAGACACGGGGAUGAUGAACCACCUAGAAAGAAAUGGAAGGGCAAUUAUGAUUGUAUGGUUUAUGUUACUGGUAAAUCGUCAGUUUUUUUUAUAAGAAAAGUUAAAAAAAUAUUUGCAAGUUCACAAAUUACUAUUGAUACAGAAGAUGUUACUCAAAGAAAUAUAACGGAUGUAUUAAGUGAAGCAGCAUAUUCUGGUGUUUUAGGUGCAUGUGUUAUAAAGGAACAGAAAGUUGAUCUUCAAACUUAUGAAACUCAACCUGGUGGUGGAAUUAAAUUUGAUGAAUAUGCUGAUAUAGAACCAGAAGAAGCAGCUGAAGUUAUGGUAAAAGUAAAAAUGGCUAAAUAUCAAGGUAACCCACCACCAUAUAUUCCACAAGACAUCAGUUAUAAUGAUAAUGAUAAACAUAACAAUAAAUUUGGAGGUCGUCAUCAACGUAAUGAUCAUGGAAGAGGUAGAGGUGGAAAUAGAGGAGGACGUGGAGGCAGAGGUGGAGGAAGAGGUGGUAGAUUUAAUGAUAAUUAUGGACGUGACAGGGAUAACAAAUUUAAUCACGAUUGGUCAGAUAAUAAUCAAUAUCAACAACCUCACCAACAAUUUCCUCCACAACAACAAUCUUAUGGUCAAAUACCUCAACCCCAGUUUUCACCAUAUGGUCAACAAUUGCAACCACAAAAUCAACAAUACUCAUCACCAUAUGGUAUGCCACAGCAAUCACCACCACAACAACAACAAGGUUUUAAUCAAUAUGGAGCUCCAAUGUCUCAACCACAACCACCACAACAAAACAAUCAAAAUUACUUACAAGCAUUACAAUCUCUUGACCCAAUGCAAGUUCAAAACAUGAUCAAUCUUUUACAACAGCAACAACAAGGCACAUCCCCAACCAUUCAAAUGCAACCAAUGCAACAACAACAACCACCCCCUCAACCUUACAAUAGAGCACCACCAUCAAUAAAUUACGGAAGCAGUAAUCAAAUCCGUAGAGGCGGAGGAGGUCCAAGAGGUGGUUAUGGAAAUAUGCCCCAUAAUUCUAGAAAUAAUCAACCAUAUGGUAAUGUACCUCAACCUCAUCAAAAUUCUAAUUCUAUGACAAGUCCUGGAUAUAACCCCAAUUCCAAUUUAAAUAAUAAUGCUCCUAAUGCUUUACUUUCCAGAUUACAACAAUCAAGUAAUAGUAAUGGACGACAACAAAAUCCAUAUUCUCAACCUCAGCCUCAGAAUAAUCAGGAUCAAAGUACUGCAUCAUUGUUGGAAACAUUACAAAAAUUAUCUGGAAAAUAA